AUGCGACAGCCACAUGGUGGUUGGAUGAACGUUGAAACGGUUAUCGACAACGCCGAGGAACAUUUCAACGGUCGCUACGGAAUAACCAGACGUCAGAUCGAACGAACUCUCCAUCUCUUGUUCGAAACUUUCGCAUCUUCUCAUGGUUCGUUGAGAGGAGCCACGCGAAUGAACCUAGUCCAACAGUUGUUGUCGCAAAUACAAAACGAAGCACAUAACCAGAUCUGGGCCCCGAAAGACCUUCGCUUUGUACGCCACGCGUUCAUCAUUCUGACGUACCUGGCGUUGCAGUUCAAUUCUGACCUACUGGCCAAAGCGCUACGUACCUUUUGGUCCCAAGCCGAGCCUAUCGUGAGUCAAUACGAACAGCCGCAUCAUGGGGAAGAGUGGUAUAGGGCCGCGGCAAAGAUUGAACAGUUGAGUGACCCGAACCCGUACGCAGCAUGGUCACGCAACGGAGCCUCUCGCAACCUGGAACUGCCUUGGCCUCGCCAUCGAGCACGAUCAGCACCGGCAGUGCGUCAUCGACUCCACCAUCCGGAGAUGCGACUCACCAUACCCACUUUCACGAGUUCAGCGUGGGCAUCGCCGAUUAUAUCGCCAGUGACGUUUCCGAGGGUUGAUUACCUUGAUGAACUCGAGAACAUGCAGUAUCAACAGCAAGAGAUGAGCAUGAAGUUGGAUAAUGUGGACGAGAAGCUCGAUCUUCUGAUGACUGGAUUCUUCUGA